AUGAAUGUUAUGGAAAUUCCCGAAGGGUACAUAUUAGGUCGAUGGAGAUUGGAUGCAAAAGAUUGUGAAGUUGAAGAGGAAAAUGUUAUAAUGGAUGAGGAUGAUCCGAAAUUGUUAAUAUUAGCACGUUAUAGAGAUCUUUGUCCAAGAAUGGUGAUACUAGCAACUCAAGCAUCCGUGCAUAAACCUGCCUAUCAAUUGGUUGAUGAAGGGAUUAAGGAAUUGUGUAUAAAAGUGAAUAAUAUGAUAAAGGGAAUUGGAAAUUUUGGUAUCAAAGAAUUAGAUGUGGAUGACCCCAACUUUGCACAAGUUAAGGGCAUAAAGAAGAAAGAUGUUGGACACAAAGGGAGAGAACUUGAUUACGACGAUCGGGAAUCUGCACUGGUUGUUCUUCGUAAGAGAGAUCUUCUUGAACUUCCUAGUUCUCAUAGUUGA